CACCCGUGACAUCCAUCGAGCAGCGUCGAUCUCUCGAUCACCAGCGAAAGUGACCAACGACAAGGGAAUCGUCAACGCUGCCACGUGAUCGCUAUGCUCUGCAACGGGGUACUGGUACAGCUGCUGCUGGUGCUGCAGGGAUCCCUGGUCGCCCAUGUUGCUGGAAAAUCCACUUCACGGGUGAUCGACAAGGACGUGCACAGAUACGAGUCCUCGGAGGAGGACGUUCAGAGUAACAUCAGAGUCCCGUUCGGGUUAGAGGAGACCUACGAUCAGAGCUUCAGAGCGAACAAUUUCAACGGCACCUGGAGAACGGACACGAAGAUCCUUUAUUUCGAUAACUAUGUCGGCGAUAUUCGCCUGUUCGACGUGGUGAAAGGAGUCAGCACAGUCCUCAUGGAUUCAUCCGUGACGGCCGACUACAACAAGCCUGCCAUCAGCUUCUCCUACGACAACUCUCUCGUCAUGAUCAGCUACGACUUCGCAAACUACAACGUCGUGUACAACACUAAAACCAGAACGUACAUGAAAAUCGCAAAUGGCGAGCGCAUACCCCUGUACAAGUGGUCGCCCACGAGGAACGCUUUGAUUUAUGUUCACGAGAACGAUAUCUAUUACCAAGUGUUCUCCGAGGGAGGCAGUAUUAUUCGAAUAACGAACACCGGCGUGCUCGACGCCGUUUAUAACGGAGUACCUGAUUGGGUGUACGAAGAGGAAGUGUUAGCGUCGGCUUCGGCUCUCUGGUUCUCGCCCGACGGCCGCCAUCUUGCUUUCGCAACGUUCAACGAUACCAGCGUGAAGGAAAUGGUGAUACCGAUGUACGGUGAACCAGGAAACAUGAAGGAUCAGUAUCCGAAGGAAAUGAAGAUCAAGUACCCGAAGGCAGGCAGUCCAAACCCAGAAGUAUCGGUCAGCGUGAUCGACUUGGACAAUCCCUCGCUCAAAUUAGUCGAUCUUAAGUCGCCAAGCGAUAUCGUCGGCGUAGACAACGUUCUGUACACCGUGAACUGGCGGAACGAGGACCAGGUCGUUGUCACCUGGAUGAACCGGGUGCAGAACAAAGCGCAGAUAAUGCUGUACGACACGAAUGGCAACGCCAAAAAUAUCUUCUACGAAGAGGAAACCGAGGGCUGGCUGCGUAUCCAGCCACCCGUCUAUCACGAUCGAUACGUGAUCAUCACGAAGCUUCAAGAAUCUGGAACGGCAGCUGGACGGUUCCAGCACGCGACUAGGUUCGAGUAUAAGAACGGAAGGCUGAUCGACGAGACGGACCUGACGCCGGGAGCCAACGAGGUCAUCAUCAUCUUGGCCGUGGACCAUGCCACGGAAAGGCUUUAUUACUUAGGCAACCAGCUCGACAAACCCUCGCACAGGAAUUUGUACUCGGUGCAAUUGGAUGGCAGCGAGGCGCCUGUUUGCUUGUCUUGCUACGUCUUAACUCCUGAGGGGAACAAUUGCACCUAUGCCUACGCCUACUUCUCCACUGAGAGCUCCAACUACGCGCUGUCCUGCUCCGGUCCAGACCCACUGUUCAUCACGAUCAUGAACUCCAAUCACCAGCUACUGCUCACUUGGGAGGAGAAUCAAUCGCUGAGACAAAAAUUGGCCACGCGAUCGCAACCUCUUGUCAAAAACUUCUACGUGGAUGCUAAUGGUUACAGUAACAAAGUGAAACUCUAUCUGCCGCCAGACUUUGACGAGAACAAGUCGUACCCUCUGUUAAUCAACGUUUACGCAGGACCCAACACUGUCAGGAUCACUGAGGAAGCAACGUUCGGUUUCGAAUCCUACAUGGUGACCAACAAGCGGGUAAUCUAUGGUCGCAUCGAUGGUCGAGGAUCGGCUUUCAAGGGCAGCAAGAUGCUGUUCGAGAUCUAUCGGCGACUAGGCACAGUGGAGAUCGAGGACCAGAUCACUGUCACUAGGAUGCUGCAGCAGAAGUUCCCCUGGAUCGAUCAGAACAGGACCGCGAUAUGGGGAUGGAGCUACGGAGGCUUCUCCACUGCCAUGGUGCUGGCUACUGACAAGGAAUCGGUGUUCAAGUGCGGGGUAUCAGUCGCACCUGUGACCUCGUGGAUUUAUUAUGAUUCUCUAUAUACCGAACGGUUCAUGGGGUUGCCUACCCCCGAGGACAACCUGCAGGGCUACAAUCGCUCAGACGUGAACAGGAGGGUGGAGGGUAUCCGUGGCAAGAAGUUCAUGCUGAUACACGGUACAGGUGACGACAACGUCCACUACCAACAGUCCAUGGCCCUGAACAAGGCUUUAGUAGACAAGGACAUCCUGUUCGAGGAGCAGAGCUACACCGAUGAGGCACACGCUCUGUCCGGAGUCUUUCCUCACCUAUACCACACUAUGGACCGAUUUUGGGCCAAAUGUCUGGACUACACGUUCGUCUAUUGAUCCAAGUCCCAGCUUCUGGACCAACGAACGGGACAGGUUGCCUAGCCUGCCUUCUGUUGACACCUGAUCGCGAAAUCCAACGUCAGAGAGCUGUACGCUGUCAAAGUGGACUCUGUUCGCGGAUGUUCCUCGACUUUUCGUCAAACCAAUCAAAGAUUUCGCGAAUAACACCGGGAUCGACGAGACGAUCGGGUCAGGGAGGAUGAUGGUAUGGUUGAAGGAGUGACAGGCGAGUGUCGGGAUCGUUAUUCAGAGUCGUUGGAGGAGCAAGGGUGGGAAUUCGGUUGGCAGGGGCGUGGACGACGCGGAUCGUCGAUUCUAGAUCCUCUAACCGUGUUCACGCGUGUUCCUUGGCACAGACCCGAUGCAAAUGCUUCAAAGGCAACGGCGUCGCGGGUGAAUCGAUACUUAAGGGUGCUCGAUGCAUUUCCGUGACAGUCAAGUAAGUGGAAAAUGGAUCGGACGGAGGAUAGAACGAGCGGACUUCUCCGUUUCGUUUCCUCCUAUUUUCUUUUCCCCCGCUCUUUAUUCGAGACGUUGAGCGAGCUCGAAAUUCGACCGUGGCUUCGGAUGAGGAGCUCGAUUUUUCACGGGACACCGACCCCUCGGUAAUUUCCGUCGUUCUCCCUGAAAAGUCGCGCGCAAUUGUCCAAGCGAGUGUCAAUAAACCACCGGUACCUUCCUUUGGACCCCUGUCUUUUUAUUUCAAA